AUGUCACUAAAGAUAUAUUGGGAAAGAAUUAACAAUGAAAAACAAUCGAAUAAAGCAAAAGAUUAUUUGAAUCGUAUAUUUGCUUCGAUUGAUAAGCCCGAUAUCAUAGGUAAAUUCGAGAUUACAAGUCUAUCGCUUGGCUCGAAGCCACCCACUUUCGAAAUCAUCAGUAUAGCAGACCCAGACGUCAAUAUCCUGACACCUGCACCCAACUCCAAUUCGAUAGAGGCAAGAGUUAAGUUCUCCUAUGACGGUGACGCUCACUUUAUGUUGGAGGCCGAACUACUCGUCAAUGCACCCACACCAAAGUUUAUUAUAUUCCCUAUUUCCAUUAAAGUUUCAAGUCCACAUAUAUCAGGUAUUGCAUCAGUUAUUUACGAUGAAAAGAAUGAUGAGCUAAGAGAGAUCAUAGCAAAGCGCAUGGUUUACCCAAAUCGUAUUACACUUUCACUCAAAGAUGCAUUGAUAAAAUAA